AUGCAGCUGGCCAAUGAGAGAACGCCCGCCCUCUGGAACAGGGCGGGCGCGGAGAAAAAGCGCGGCAAAGACCGGCCGGCUAACUGCAAUGGCCGCAGUGCCGAGCGGCCGCUAUUGCGCAUGCGCGAGCGGGCUCUGGAUUCAGAGCGCUCGCGACGCGAAACGGCCGCCGCGGCUACAGAGGAACGAAGAACGGGUAAUAAACUACCCGGUAAGGUGUGGGAGGGGGUAACCGCCGCAGGGGGGGGGGGAGAGGGAAACCCCAAUGAACAAAACGUCUAUCUGCCUAAGGCAGACAGGCGCCGGCUCUCAGAGCCGGCUAAGUAA